ACUUGGCAUGCAAUCACUAUUUUAGUUCCAAACCCAUUGGUACACUGCUAUCACUCUGAUAAAUAUCAGUACUAAUUAGUUUGUCAAAAAUGGCUUUUGAAAAAACCUUGUUGUGAUUGCCAUAUUCAUCCUCUUGGAGACCUCAGCAUCCCAAGCCACAUCUCGCACACCGUCCAAAGCAACCCUUGCUGAGAGACAUGAGCAAUGGAUGGCCGAGCAUGGGCGUGUCUAUCCGGAUAGCACAGAGAAGAGAAGGCGUUUUGUCAUAUUCAAGGAGAAUCUAGAGUUUGUGGAGAAAUUCAACAAUGACGGGGAGAAGACCUACAAGUUAAGCGUCAAUGAGUUCUCCGAUAUGACCAAUGAAGAAUUCCUCAGCCAUCAUACUGGAUACAAAACGCCCACAGGCUCCAGUUUAACAAGAUCACCCAAACAAAUGCCCGGCCUUUAUUUUCCACGCCCACACAUUGAUUAUCCAGAUAGCGUUGACUGGAGGGAGCAAGGAGCUGUCACCGAUAUUAAGAAUCAAAUUCCAUGUAAUGCUUGCUGGGCAUUUGCGGCGAUGGCAGCCGUGGAAGGGAUUACAUUUAUCAAAACUGGCCAACUGGUCUCGUUGUCCGAGCAACAACUUUUGGACUGUGACAAGUCGAGCAAUGGCUGCCAAGAAGGUGACAUGGAAGCAGCUUAUACAUACAUAAUAGAAAAUGGAGGAACUGCUACUGAAGAAGAGUACCCAUACCUGAACACUUCUGUCCGCCAAAAAUGCGACACUCAAAAGGAAAAAAAGCAUGCUACCCAUAUAAGUGAUUUUGUAUUUGUACCAGAGAGCAAUCAACGUGCUCUUCACAAGGCUGUUUCCAUGCAACCAGUCUCGGUUGCCAUCAGCGCUAAUGGAACAGAAUUUAAGUCAUACAAACGUGGAGUGUUUUCAGGUCCUUGUGAUGGCCCCCUGAACCAUGCUGUAACAAUUAUUGGGUACGGAACUGAAAACGGCACCGGCACCAACUACUGGCUAAUUAAGAAUUCAUGGGGGGAGACGUGGGGUGAAAAGGGCUACAUGAGAAUUCUUAGAAGUACUACUUCAAGUAUGGAUGAUGGUCUUUGUGGCCUUGCUAUCCAGGCAUAUUAUCCGAUUGUAUGACUUAUCAAACCUGUUACUAUAAAAGCAGAUUUGUACGUUAUGCUGAGUUUGAUUACCUGA